AUGGAUAUUCUAGCGUGGCACGGAAAUACCAUUGAAACAUACGAAGAGAAUAUCGAUUAUAUACUAGAGUUGUUGGAGAAUAUCAAUGUUCAAUCGACACCAUUCAUUGUUAGGCAGCGUCUCGUUGAGGGAUUGGCAAAGAUUUCGAUCUCAGGGCUGGCCGACCAACCCACCGAUGUAGCUAUUCUGAGCGCAUUGAUUAAACUCUACUUUGGAAGAGUGGAGGGUGUAAGCGGUGAGCUAAAGACUACGCUGCUCUCCUAUUUCAAUCAGUUUGCCAAGCGACGACAAAACACUGGCGGACUCGACAUUUUGAAACAAUCGUUUGCGUUGGCACUGACUUUGGCCGACACCGACUUGAUGUUGAUGAUUCAGUUUUAUCAGUGGAUGUUCAAGUUGAUGCAGGGCAACAGCGAUCGUUGGGUGUUGAUUCGUAGAUUGGCGGUCGAGCUACUGGCGAACAACAAGCGAGCGAUGCAGUUAUGCCGAUUGUUUACUGCGAUUCGAUUCGACAACAAAGCAGACUUGCAAGCACCAUAUAUUUCAGAGUUGGUUUACCUCUUUGAUAAGCUGCUACUGGCAAUCAAAACAAAGGUGGCAAAUGGACAGAUCAAGAGAUACAAAGAGUACUUGAUAUCAUUACUACCAGCUGAUCUACUGGAUAGUUACCAACUCGACCAAGAGAAACAAGAUGAAAUAGAUGAAGAGAUAGAGAGUUAUAUAGCUGAACUGGAAGGUGAACCAAAGAAGAAGACGAAGAAGAAUGACAGCAAAAAGAAGAAGACAACGAACAGUGUAGUUGUGAAAGCUGAAACACCAAAGAAAAAGAAAAGAGAUAUAGAUGAGGAAGAAGAAGAUGAUAGUGAUGAGAGUGAAGAAGAGAUAUCAGAUAAAGACAGUGAGAGCGAGACUUCAGAAUCGGUGGAAGAUGAAUCAUCUGAAGAAGAAGAAGAGUCAGAGACCGAUCCUAAAGAAAUAGUAAAAUCAAUAGCUCGACUAUCAAUAUCAAAGAAAGUACAGCAACCAAAGAAAGAGGAUAGCGAUUCAGAAGAAGAGGAAGACAGUGAUACCGAAGUUGUUGAUAGAACUCCGACAAAAUUUAGAAGAGUAGUAUCAAGUGAAGAAGAGUCUGAGGAAGAAGAAGAAGAAGAAGAAGACGAUGAAGAUGAUGUGGAAGAUAGUCAAGAUAGUGACGAAGGUGUUGUAGUUGUUAAAAGAAAGAUACCUAUUAAGAACAACUCUAACACUGUAGAGAUAUCAGACGAUGAAUCAGAAUCAGAGGUAGAAAAAAGUGAUAGUGAGGAUAAAGAUGAAGAUGAUAAUACAGAUAAUAGUGAGGGUGAGGAGGAAGAAAAAGAAGAAGAGAGUGAAGAUGAACAAAUUGAAAACUUUAAGAGAUUAUCAAUCAACAACAACAAAAACAACAACAAUAAUAAUAAUAAUAAUAGAAAUGAUCAAAGUAAUAGCAGGAGGAAGAGUACAAGUAAAAAUCAAUCCGAUGAAGAAUCAGAGGAGGAUGAUGACGAAGAUGGUGUAGAAGACCUUUCAGAGGAAGAAGUUGAUAGUGAUAUCACAUCUGACGAUAUGCAAGAUUUAGAUGACGAUAGCUCAUACCUAACCGAAGAUUCAGAUUCAGAUUCAGAUGAUAUCUCUGAUGACUGA